AUGGUUAAUUUGUCUCUAACAGACAUCGACUUUGAAGCUGUUGAAAACUGCACCGAUCCAAAGCUGCUGCGGCAGAUGCUGCUGCUGCUGCAGCAGGACGGUGGCUACUACAUUGAGCUGCAGCAAGCAGCAGAAGCCAAGCUGCAGCAGCUAACAGGGAAGCCCCUAAGGCCUCCACCAAUAACUGCAGCAGAAAGAGAGGCUCUUACAAAGGAGUUGCUUCAAUGGGAGCUACAAAUGCAGCAGGCAGAAGAAGCAGAAGCAGCAGCAGAAGCAGCAGCAGCAGCUGCUGCUGCUGCUGCUGGUGCUGCUGCUGACUGUCAUCAUAAUGCAUUGCUUGUACCUGCUCUUGAAGACUCUCGGCAGCAAACCAAACUGCAGCAGUCGCAGCAGCAACCAGCCGCACCAGCAGCAACAGCCGAAAUAGCCAUCCGCAGUAGCAGCAGCAACAGCACCACUGGUAGCAGCAGCAGCAGCAGCAGCAGCAGCAGCAGCAGCAGCAGCAGCAGCUCCAAUGAGCAGCACAGCUCGAUAGAAAACCAGACGCACAAUAUCCAAGGUGUUUCCCUUGCUGCUGCUGCUGCUGCUGCUGCUGCUGCUGGUAGCAAUUCAAACGGGUCCAGCGACGCGAGCGUAGGAGUAGCAGCAGCAGCAAAACGCAGCAGCAGCGGUAGCAGCAGCAGCAGCAGAGGCAUGGAGAUUCAUGUGCAGGUGGUAGACGACUCUGAAGAUGAAUGCGAAGGAUAA